CCGUACGAGAAAGUGUUACGCGCAGCUGUUUUGCAAGCUAGAGAAUGUUUUGGCUAGUCACGCUGCUGGCCGUGUACGUGGCUUAUCUGCUGCUUAGGUACCAUCAGCAACGGCAGAAGCUGCUGGCUAUUCGGGCUAAAUUUGGUGGCCCAGAGUCGAGCUACUUUCUUGGGACGUUUUAUUUGUUCAAAGACAAAAGUAUUCCAGAUAUAUUUGACCUCGUUGUUGGGCUUCACAAACGCUACGGUCAGGAUGUGGCCAUUAUUGGUGCUUUCAACGAUUUGGUGCUAGAUCUGUCCAGCUCCAAGAAUGUGGAAAAGAUACUGCUUGCGAAAACCACGAAGAAAUCGUUCGUGUACGAUUAUCUUGAGCCAUGGUUGGGCACAGGGCUGCUGAUCUCGUUCGGCGAGAAGUGGUUCCAGCGGCGCAAGAUAAUAACGCCAGCGUUUCACUUCAAGAUAUUGGACCAGUUUAUUGACGUGUUCAAUGAGGAAGCGGAUGUAUUGAUCUCCAAGCUGGAGAAGCAUGUUGGAAAGGGAGAGUUUGAUAUCUACGACUAUGUGACGCUGUACGCGUUGGAUAGUAUCUGUGCAACUUCAAUGGGUGUUCGCAUCCAUGCGCAGGACGAUCCCAACAACGAGUACGCACAAGCCGUCAAGCAGAUGAGCGUGUUCUUCCUACGACGCGUGUUCAGUCUGCUGCGUCAGUUCCCAUCACUGUUUUUCCUGUAUCCGUUCGCCCGGGAGCAAGGGCGCGUAAUCAAGAAGCUGCACCACUUCACCAACACCGUCAUCGAGAGCCGGCGGGCACAGCUCGAGCAAGAGCAACGGCUCGGCAAGCAGGAGUUUGACGUGAACGAAGAGGAUCUUUAUUCCAAGCGACGCAACACGUUCCUCGAUCAACUGCUCAAGGUGUCGAUCGAUGGAAAGCCUCUCAGCACGGCCGACAUUCGGGAGGAGGUGGACACGUUCAUGUUCGAAGGGCACGACACGACCACGUCGGGCAUCGCCUUCACCAUCCUUCAUCUGGCCAAGCAUCAAGAUGUGCAGCAAAGAUUGUACGAGGAAAUCGACCGAAUGUUGGGAGAGGAAAAAACGAAAGUUCCGCUCACGAACGCGCUGCUGCAAGACUUCAAGUACCUCGAUAUGGUGAUAAAGGAAUCGCUUCGGCUUGUACCGCCCGUGCCAAUCAUUGGGCGGAAGCUGCUGGAGGACAUGGAGAUCAACGGCGCCAUUAUCCCGGCGGGCACAUCGAUUUCAAUCAAAAUCUUCAACAUUCACCGCAACCGGACCGUGUUCCCCGAGCCCGAGCGGUUCGAUCCGGAGCGGUUCUCGGAGGCGAACGAAAUCAAGCGCGGCCCGUACGACUACAUCCCGUUCAGUGCCGGCUCGAGGAACUGCAUCGGACAGCGGUACGCGCUGCUGGAGAUGAAGGUAACGAUCGUGAAGCUGCUGGCCAGCUACCGGAUCCUGCCCGGGGAGUCGGCAGGGCGGAUACGGUACAAGACGGACCUGGUGAUUCGACCGACCGAGGGCAUACCGGUGAAGCUGCUGAAACGGACGGCGUGAUUGACGUGUAGUAGUGGUUGAUGGAGUGGGGCCGUGAGAUUGAAACGCAGACAUAUACUUAGGAAAAGCAUUUGGGUGGUUGAUUUUUCUGGAAAAAUAGGAAAGCGAUAAACGUGUAGGUGUGUGUCAGGGUACUUAAAAGCUCUUUCGAUAUAAAAAAAAGCAUUUCAACAGGAUUGACUUGAGCAACAGCCCAAACGUAUGCAAUUUUCUUUUCAUUACGAACUUUUAUACAAAAUUAGCAUACAUUUAGGGGCAAAACGGAAUAUUUUGCUCUUAAAGCUGGGUUCGUUCAUGUUUGAUUUUAAGAUUAUUAAAACGUACCUCAAACAUUACAAAAUCCAUUUCCAAAAGUAA